CAUAGCUUUCAUGAACACAUUGAAACGUAUCUAGAAUAUGAAAGAUUAUGUAACCAUGAUGAGAUUUGUAAAAAAAAUAAGCAAGAAUGUAUAUUAGAUAAAUUGCAAUUUACUGAAAAAUAUGAUGAAGUUACUUGUAUUUGUGAAAGAUUUUAUUGCUUACUUGAUAAAUUGUUUACGCCAUCAAUAAAUAAUAAUGAAAAUGCUCAUUUGGAAUACCUAAAGUAUUGGUUAAAUUAUGAAUUACGUGAGAUAGACGACACUUAUCCAAAAGCAUUUCACCAAAAUUUGAAGACCAAUUAUAAUACAAAUGACACCUUGAAGAAAUUAGAUGGAAAAUGGGAUAAAAUAGAUAAGGAUGAGGAGAAAAAUAUGAAUUUAUUAUUCUAUUUUUACACAAAUUGUAUUCACAUUAUAAAAUCAACAAAUAAAGUUGACGCAAACAAAAGUUUUGCUAUGAAAAAUGCUAAUCACUGUGUUCAGAAAUACCAGGAACUUGAAAAAAUUUGUCCUAAUAAUACGAAACCUUUU